UCACUUCCCUUCUUUACAAUGAGCUCCAACGAUAGAGAUCAUACAUGGCCCAACGGUCAAGACCACCACUCGUUCUGGCCAAACCCUUCUCAUUACGAUCCCACCAGCAAGAUCAUGCUCGCAGCAGUCAUCUCUUCAUCAGCAGUUAUCCUCAUCAUCAUCACUCUUCAUCUCUACGCAAGAUUCAUUCUCCGUCGCCGUAGAGAAGCUAGCAGCUUCCGUGGCCUCCCCGUCGUAUUACGCCACCCUUUGCAAACGCCAAAACGUGGCCUCGACUCAACAGUCAUCGCUUCGCUCCCCACAUUCACCGUUGGAGCCAGAAGUGACGUUGCGGCCGCUACUGAAUGUGCGGUGUGUCUUAGCGUGUUUGAGGAGCAAGACACGGCGAGAGAGUUGCCGAACUGUAGACAUGUUUUUCAUGUUGACUGUAUUGACACGUGGCUCACCACUUGCUCUACUUGUCCUGUUUGUCGGAAUGAAGUUCAGCCGAGGUUGAGACUUGUGCCUGAGCCAAGAGAAGGACCAGUUGGCGAUGUUGCCUCUGGCUCACCACCGACUGCACCGUCGUCGUUGGAGGAAGUCAGGCUAAACUCUUCGUCGGUUUCACGAUUAGACUCGUUUAGGAGAAUCUUGACAAGAGAAAGAUCUUCUAACAGUAUCAGUCAUUCUUGUGCUGGCCAAGAACAUGUAGUGGAACUUGAGAGACAUUGA